UGUCCUGUGAAAAAUUGUCAUAUCACAGCGAAAAAAACUCUUGUAAGACCUGACGAAGUUAACGCCAACAUCUUGGAUCAUUGGUGGCUGCGUGAAGAGAACGUAUACGUGGGAGCAAAUCCCAUUUUGCCUGAAAGAGAAAGGUACCCGUAUGCAAAGAUGGUCCUGCAGUCUUACGAAGCUCCGAGCCUUUACCCGGCUAAUGACUUUGCACGCUACGACGGCCUUAUCGACUACACAAUGGGCUACAGACUAGACUCGGAUAUCGUUAGAACAUCUGGAGCUGUUCACUUCAAACUUAACUCUGAGAAACUGAAGAACGAUGUUCUUCAAAACCCUAACCCUCAUCCAAUGAAGAAGAGGAGGAUGGCUGCCUGGUUUGUGUCCAACUGCAAGCACGCUUCCAGCAAUCGAAUGGAGCUGACGAAGGUUCUGCAGCAGCACGGCUUGCAGGUCGACAUAUACGGCGCAUGUGGUAGCCUGCAGUGCGGGACCAAGCGCACUGAAGAAUGUUAUAAGAUGGUAGAGCAGGAGUACAAGUUCUACUUAUCCUUCGAAAACUCCCUCUGCAAUCACUAUGUCACGGAAAAAUUCUUCACUUUAUUACGAUACGACGUCGUGCCAGUGACGUACGGUCUUGGCCAAGAGUUGACGGGGGCGCCGAAGGACGCCUACAUCGACGUCUUCGACUUCCCCGACGUCCAGACGUUGGCCGCCUACCUCCUCUACCUCGACUCCAACGCUACCGCCUACAAUGAAUACUUCAGGUGGAAGCAGUUCUAUGAAGUUAAAAAAAUCUUGGGAGAAAGCAGAGUGUGUUGCAAGUUGUGCGAAAUUCUGGUGCGCGGCAUCGAACCCCAACGUCAAUAUACGAACGUGCAAGCCUGGCUCAGCAACGGGCAGUGGAUCAACGCUACAGAGAACGAAGAACUGAGCCACUUUAUCAACGGAAGCCCCUACUUAGCUUCGCAGGCCCUAUUGCAACCAAAACUAUGAUGAAGUUAAUAGGGUGGAUAUAUAUUCACAUAUAAAUUAUUAAUAUAUAUAAAUUAUAUAUUAAUAAUAUUUCUACACUUAAACAUCUUCCAAUUUAGGCAAUGAGAUUCCAGUCAACUUUGACUGUAUAUAUAUCGUGCCGAAAUCGUGGAAUUGCCGAUUCUAUGGAAUCGCCAGCCAGUUUGCCGAUUAUGUAGAGUUAGCAUUUCGUUGCUGAUUUCGAGGUGUAACGUUUUAAAAACGUUGCGUUUCUAUACUAUAGGAAUCUGGGGUGAUGACAGUCAGCAAAG